AAAUUGUUAAUUUGGGAAUGCAAAUCACUUUGGUGGAAAAUUACACUCCAAUUUUCUUGUUGACUCAAAAGAAAGAUCAUUGGCAGUCACUUCUGUAGAAAAUUAUAUUACGAACACUCCAACCAAUUGGUUAAUGGCAGUAAACUAGCAAUUUCUUCAAGUGUUGAUAAUAUAAUUUUAUGUUUGAGAAACUGAAUCUUUUACUUUCUAUAUGCUUAAUAUCUCAGUUGGACGUCCAAUAUCUUCAUCCUCAUGCUGCCAUUGAUUCUAGCAUUGGCCUGAAUCCAUCUCCCCUGUUGGAAUUUUCAGCAACAAUCAGCAGCUACGAACUUUAUUUGGGUGGUGAAGAUGGAUUUGAUACAGCUUCUGCUUCUUUUACCAAGUACACUGCUGGGAUCAACUUGAACAGGCCAGAUUUUUCUGCUGCCCUUUUGCUGACUGAUAAAGGACAGGCAUUGAAGGCAUCAUAUAUCCAUUCUGUCAAUCCCUUCACUUCUGUUGCUGCUGAAAUGGCUCAUAGAUUUUCUACCUAUGAAAACACUUUCACAAUUGGAAGUUUUCAUGCUGACCCUUUUACGGUGGUAAAAACGCGGUUCUCUGACAAUGGGAAGGUUGCAAUGCCCUGCCAACGGGAAUGGAGGCCGAAGUCACAAUUAACGUUUUCGGCAGAAUAUGAUUCGAAGGCCAUGAAGGCAUCCCCUAAGAUGGGGCUUGCCCUUACUCUCAAGCCUUGAUUGUAAAGAUCUCAUUCCGUAAUUUUAAAUUUUGAUAUGUUUUUUUCCUCGAACCCUUGUGGGAGUUGUCAUUCACUCAGAUUAUUUUGUAGCUGAGGAUUAUAAAAGCAAAAUGUUCAGAUAAAGAGCUGAUGAAUGUUUUCACCACAACAUUGGUGUGGGGGAAUUGAACCCAAAUUUUAUAAUGAUAACAGCACAGCAGUUUUUCUUGC